UACUGUUCGGACGCUCCUGCUUAUUGCUCUGCGCUUCGCUCCAUAUUUAUGCACUUUUCUCAGAUUUCUCUAAGAUUUUAACUUCAGCAUAUCAGCACAGUGCUCAAACAACACAGUUUUUAGAAAAGGAAGACUCUUUGCCUCCCACUGCCAGCAGUUUACAUUCCGGAGACGGGAAAACACAGCUGCCUACAUUCAAACAGACGGGAAAGAAAAUGCCCCUUGUGGAAUCUACUUGCUGCAUGAACUGCCACAGACUUCUACAAAGGAUUGCGGUUCUUGAAACAAAGUUACUUGCUGGACCUCCAAAACAGGUGGAACACACAGCAGAUCGGCAUCACAGACCCCCGCGGCAUACAGCCGGUGAGUCCUAUGAAUCUAGUGAAUCUCAACAGUUUAUACAAAGUGUAGAAGAACAAGCUGAUCGACAGACUAAUCGAUGGCACAAACAGGGAGCGAGACCCAAAGGCACUCGAGACAUCAGAUUGUCACGAGUAUCUCGUAUUGCUGCGGUAGCAUCCUCUACCCCAGAUACGGCUAUGACAAGACUUGUAAACACUGGCAUUUUACAACCCCCUAUACAUCUUGAGAACCGAUUUGAAGCAUUAAUGAAUGUGGGUGAGGAAUCCCCAAAUGUGACAAAACAUGGAUCGUAUCAGCCAGCAGCUAACAUCGCUACUAACAGGCGCUCGAGGUCGAGCAGACAGCGGCACUCAGCUCAGAGCGCAGCCGAGCCCAGGACUCUGAUAGUGGGCGACUCUAUUAUCAGAAACAUCAGUGGCAGGACUACAACUACAUGCUGCUUUCCUCAAGCAACCGUCUCUGAUGUGAACAAGGAACUUCGGAACAUUCUGAUGAAGCACAAGACUGCAAAUCGAAUCAUCAUCCAUGUGGGGAAGAACGAUAUUCGGAAAGAGCAGUCAGAACUGCUUAAGAAGGAUUUCAGUGAACUCUUUGAAACACUUCAAAGACUUGAAGUUCAGUCGUUCAUCAGUGGACCACUCCCAGCAAGGGGAACUAACAUGUUUUCACGGCUGCUUGGGCUGAAUACAUGGCUACAAAGAACAUGCAGUACAAAAGGAGUCAACUUCAUCGACAACUUCAAUAUUUUCUGGGGCCAUAGACAACUGUUUAAACUGGACGGCUUCCACUCAAACAAACUUGGUGCGAGAGUGCUAAAGGACAAUAUCUAUUUCUCCCUCCGUCAUCCUUCAGUGGUGUGUGCCAAUCCACUCGGCCUCAAUGGCACACACACACCUGGACAGAAUAUGAGUGACCACAGGACUUCAUGUCAGCCUCAGAGUCAUCUUAUGGUUGACACAUCCCACAAGGACACUGAUAACACCACGCAGCCAAAACAAACUUUCCUCACAGAGACUAUCCUGGCUGAGCCCUGCCCAACGAGCUCUUCACAGACAGACUGUGACGUACUACAUCAGCUCCAAGACUCAGCAUCCAAGGACAACUAUCUGGAAAACAGCCAGGGAAGCCAGGACAACAUAUCACAGCCACCGGAAACACCAGAGCCAGAGCCCCGCUCGCCAGACACACUAUCCCUCUCUCCAGAAUCUCCACUUCUAAGCUUCUCACAGAAAAUGGAGGAACUGGUGUAUGCUGGGACCAAACUCUCCCACUCGUUCGCUGCAAGCCCCCAGAUAUCAACUAAAAAACGGCGGGCCCCACAACCACCAAAGACUUCAGGCCCAGCUCUCCCUCCUCCUCCUGUGAGAGCUCUCCGUCCGCUGCCACAACGCCAGGGCCCAAACCCUCCUCCAUCGGCUUGCCCGAACCAGAGGCUGAUCCGGUGGUCCCUGUUUUUGCAGUCUUUCUGCUUGGAUAUUCGUCAUGUUCGAGGAUCUGAAAAUGUGGUAGUGGAUGCGCUGUCGCGCGUUCCAAAUACACCAUAAUGUAUUGACUAUUUCUGGUAUAUUAUGUGACUUUUGGUGUCCCAUUAUGUUUUGUUACAGGUCUCUUUGUAGGAGUCCCUGUCUUAUGGGGAGGGGUGUGACGGUUCCCAUUACUGAAUUCUUGAGCGCUUGGUGAUUGGCGGCUCCACUUAUGAUUCACUCCAAUUGGCGUCUUAUUGAGUGCACCUGCUUUUUGGAUUUGGGAUUUUUGGGUUGUGUUUGGUUUGAUUCUUAUUGUUUGAGCACUUUUAUAUCGCUACAACAGCACAUUACAUUAACAGCCAAGCACCCCGCU